CGGUGUCUCCCUGCAGCUCGUGUACCUCUACCACUACGGAAUGUGGGCCGUUUUCGUCCCCCUCUCAGCCGAGCUCGCCUUCAUCGUCUACCUCGCGAGCCUCAAGACUUACUUCGAGUACUGCCCGGGAGCGGGGGGAGACCGGCCGCCGCCGGCCGGCAGCGACGGGGAAGGGAAGCUGUUCCUCGGCGGCGUCGGUGAUGAUGGCAGCGAGGAGGACGGCGGCGGCGGGGGAGGCGGCGGAGGCGGUGGACAAGCACCGUCGAGCGGCGGGACCGGUGGGGGUUCCGCCGCCCCCGCCGCCGACGCGCAUGCAGUGGUGGAAGAGGGGAGAGGGGGUCCUGGAGGGAGAGGGUCCUGAGGUGUGUCGACGGUUGUUGUAGUUGUUGUUUCGUUGAUGCGGCUCCUCCCCCCCCCCCUAUCGUGGGAUGACUCUGCUGACGCCGCGCUGUUUAGACGUACUCAGCGUAUAGCUCGCAUAUGCGGCGCAUGUUGAUGAACUGCGAGAUGUCUGCCACGUGAGACACUCAAAAACCCUGUGCCGUGUUCUGUACGAGCGCCUGGAUUUAUUUUUGACCUCCGUGCGGCGGAAUCCAUUGAAUGGCCUUCGCUCUUCGCGCUUGACAUGCUCUUUGUCUGCUGCUCAUGGUCGCGAUCGUCUCGCUCAGCUCAGCCGUAGUACAUGUCCCCGUGCUCAUCCGGCGACUCGGCAGUGCCCGAAUCGAGUGUCUCGUCGCGAAAGACCUACCCACCCCCUUUUUUCCCGUCGUUUUUUUUUUCAACGUGUGUUUCACCGCAUCCUUCUUCUGCCGUGCGGCCUGUCCUGGUUGUGGUCUCCCUCCUCUGUGAAUCAAGAAAACUGUGUAAACUUGGUG